GCUGGAGUUCACAUAUAACACACUCCGCACGACCUGAGAUCUUUUAUGAUUCCUCAGCUUGAAUUUAAAAAACGAAACUGAUACCCGGGCUGCGAGCCGGCGUGCGAUCUUGUGGUUCACACGAGGUUCCUCCAAAGUAUCGUGCACGCGAAGUUUGAAACGUUACGUACUUCGAGUGCAGCAGUUAUUACCAUAAUGACAAGAUCUUAGGUCUGUAAAUCGACGCAUCUACAAGUUCUUGCCUUCACUUUUCGGCUACAGUACGGCCUCAGGACAGAGAUGACCGUGGCCGAGUAUCUGUCGCAGCUUGGCACCAACCCAUACUUUGGGGCUGGCUUUGGGCUCUUUGGGGUUGGUGCAGCAGCGGCAGUACUACGGAAGGGAAUGCAGGUUGGCAUGGUGCUGUUUCGGCGCCACUACAUGAUCACCCUGGAGGUGCCCUGUCGGGACAAGAGCUACCAGUGGCUGCUGCAGUGGAUCACACGGCACGCUCGCCACACGCAGCACCUGAGCGUCGAGACCACCUUCCUGCAGCCCGAGGCCGGUGGGAGUGCGCGCACCUCCUUCGACUUCAUACCCAGCGUGGGCACCCACUUCUUUGGGUAUGGGGGCUCAUGGAUCCGAGUUGAACGCAGCCGGGAACAGCACACCUUGGACUUGCACAUGGGCGUGCCUUGGGAAACCGUGACGCUAACUGCACUGGGCCGAGACCGGCAACUCUUCUUCCGCCUCCUUGAGGAAGCUCGUGCCCUUGCCCUGGAGAAGGAGGCUGGCCGCACAGUUGUCUACUGUGCCAUGGGCUCAGAGUGGCGACCCUUUGGGCUGCCUCGGCAGCGGAGGCCCUUGGACUCGGUUAUCCUGGAUGCUGGCAUAGCCGAGCGUCUGCUAGCUGACAUCCGGGAGUUCAUCGCCAACCCCCAGUGGUAUGCUGAACGAGGCAUCCCGUAUCGAAGAGGCUACCUGCUGUAUGGGCCCCCAGGCUGUGGCAAGAGCAGUUUCAUCACAGCUCUGGCAGGUGCCCUUGAGUACAGCAUCUGUGUGCUCAACCUGAGUGAGCGGGGCCUCUCGGACGACCGGCUGCAGCACCUCAUGUCGGUGGCACCCCAGCAGAGCAUCAUCCUGCUCGAGGACAUUGAUGCUGCAUUUGUCAGCAGGGAGGAGAGCAGCACAGUUAAGGCAGCCUAUGAGGGGCUCAGCAGGGUGACGUUCAGCGGUCUGCUCAACAUGCUGGACGGAGUGGCCUCUGCCGAGGCGCGAAUCGUGUUCAUGACCACCAAUCAUCUGGACCGGUUGGACCCCGCCCUCAUCCGUCCUGGUCGCGUGGACGUGCGCGAGUUCGUGGGUCCUGCGAGCGACCAUCAGCUGGCGGCGCUGUUCCGUCGCUUCUACCCGCAGGAAGGCGAGGCCGAUGCCGGCGCCUUCGUCCAGGCCGUGCGGCAAGAGUUCGGAGAGAUGCCCCUGAGCAUGGCACUGGUGCAAGGUUACUUCCUCUUCCACAAGGAUGAACCACGGUCGGCCAUCCAAAACGUCGCACAGAUGGCCAAGUUGUGACCACGGCGUGGCCCACUGGGCGUGCCACUUUAGUUGUAGCAGUAUACAUAUGUGCAAAUAACAAUUUAUGCUGGAUGAAAGAGAUGCAGAGUUAUUUUGACUUCAGCCAACUGUAAAAGGCAGAUGGGAGAUGAAAGAAAGACCAUGCCUAUAAUCGCUUCACAUUUUGCUCUUUUGUCUGAUUGUACAGUCGAGUCCCGCUACAACGAAAAUCAUGGGGCACGCUAAAAAUUUCGUUGUGGCAGAACUUUGUUGACUCGAAAUUGGUAUGUAUAUACAGUACAUGCGCCAAACGACAAAGCCGGGAUCGAAACCAAAACUGUCGUCCGGGAAAUCGCGACGGCGUGAGGGCAAAGGUUUAGACAUAUCGAAGGCAGUCGAUAAAGUGUCAACUUCAUGAGAGAAUGCAUUUCGUACCGCUGUUACAGCAUUUUUCGUACAUUGCAGCCGACGCCUAACCCAACGCGCGUGCCCGGCCGAUCGCGAAACACUCAUUUUGCGGCACAUGCAUCAUUGCAAUGAAGCGGUUUUAAUUAUCGCAAUUUCACUGCAUUUUUAUGACAAAGUCGGUCAGUCUGGAUUUCUUAUGCUCCACGGCAAGCAAAGGCGUUAUGCGAGUCUCACAGUCCGUUAAAAGAGCCAUCACAAUGUCAUUGCCGUGGGUUCUGAUAACUUUUCUGAUGAGGUGAAAAGGAUACUUUACUCUCAAAGCAGUCGCCGGAGUCAGUGUGUCUAGCGCAGUGGCGCACCGACGGGGGGGGGGGGGGGGGGGGUUCGGGGGUUUUAACCCCCCACCCCUUACUGCCGACCUUACCCCCUUUUUUUUAACUCCUUUUCUUUCCGUGCGCAUUUGAGUACUGCAACUAAGAUGUAAGAUGCGCAAUCGUCUGCGCACUCGCAAAAAGCGCAUUUUUUGACAAUUUACCAUGAAGAAAUUGAAAUUAGUGCUGUUUAGAUGGUAUUGGCAAACUGUCAACCCCCCCCUGGCAGAGAUCCUCGGUGCGCUACUGGUCUAGCGGAUUGUCAUUUUCCCCAGACGACGAGACGUUAGCAUCUUGUUGACAACAGCGGCUGCGGCGCGGCUGCUCGGGCGCUAUCUUGAAAGCAAUCUGCGACGUGCACAAGUGAGCGCGCAGGCAGGCUUGAUCUUCGAAGCGAUCUGCGAUGUGGGCAAAGUGCAACUAGUGCCAGUAGAGCCGUGUGCACUGUGCUUUCUACGUUUAGUUCGCGGUGAAGCAAGAGACGGCACGGAGGUCAAUUCGCUCGCUGCUAUUGCCGCGCCUACUCACUCCAAUGUGUUGACACCGAGUUUCCGUGGUCAUCGAGCGAGAUGUGUUCAUGUUUACCUGUGCGUGCGUGACACCAUGCUCAUUAAUUUAGUUAGCGAAUGUUUACAAGUUUCUAUGGCCAAUAAAACUACUAUCCUUAGUUCGUAUAGUUGUCUACUAAUCUGCUAUCACAAUCGGAGCUUCGCCUUUCAGGCGAAACUGCGAGAUUUUUUGCUUCCGCUUUCUGCCUCGGCGAUCACAUGUGCCUUCUCCUCGACAGAGAGGAACUUACACUUCUUCGUUGGUAUAGCCAUUUCGACCGGACACAGACCACAGAAAAUGGCAGCUAUUGCGGUGAUCCCCUGCAGUCCCGCGCAGGCGUGUGAUGACCACCCGUGGCUGUGGAUUGCAGUGGCUUAAAUCGGUACUUUGACAUUGAUUUCGUUCGUGAAAACUUCGUUCAAGUGGACGUACGAUUGUCACAGCUUUGGAAGGGCCUUCUUAAUUUAUUACUAAGCAGUUUCAAUUUCAAUUCAGUCCCAGUUUCGUUCUCGAAAAGUUUGUUGAAGCGGAAAUACCGAGUAAAACGCCUUCGUUAUGAAGGGACUAUUGUUGUAUUACUUUCUAUGAGCAGCUGAUGGGGAAUUGGAAAAUUUUCGUUGUAGCGGCAAUUUCAUUGUAGCGGAAUUUGUUAUAUUCAGCCGUAGUAGUAAUCGAUUUUAGAGUAAUACAAUAGUAAAUAGGAAUUUUAUUAGCGGUCUGUGAAUAGUACUUUGCGAGACCAAAUCAAAUAGUGUAGAAACGAAUCAAAUCGAAUAUUGUUCAUAGUUUUCGAAUAAUGAACUGCCAUUCUCACCAUUGAUCUUCAUGUCCAAGCGUAUUGGCAAUGAUAGCAAGUUUCUUUCAUUACACUGUGCAUUUUGAACAUUGGUUUGUAAAAAACAGGAAUGACAUUACGAGCAAACAAGCACUUUAUUCGCAUAGUCGGGACUCAUUGAUCAAUAUAAGUGCGAAUGAUAGCAGUUUAACCUAAAAAGUGUGGCUCCAUUAGUGGCAGCGUCCUCCAUUAUGUAACUCCUCGAGUUUUAUGUGUACUAUGGCUGCCAAGAUGAAAUUUAUCGCAUAGUUGGCAAUUUGAAUUUUGAAAAAAAAUUUGUAUUUACAGAUACAUUCGAUUCAAAGACUGGAUCGCAUAUUAUAUUAUUAGAUUCUUUCUAAAGUUUCGAAGAUUCGCUCAGCCUAAGAAGUAAAUAUACUGCGGUCGUUAGCAUGCAAUCGGCUUUUGCAUGCUAAUGACCGCAGUAUGUUUACUUCUUAGGUUUGAUAUAGUUAUUUUCGUUAUUAUCACUAUCGGAAACAACAAUUCAGGCAAGAGAAAAACAAUGCACUUAGCAUAUUAGUUUUUGCUCAUUCUGGAAGAAGACAAUGAAUGCAAGUUAAGUUUCCAUUUGCGGAGCUGCCUUUCCAUAAAUAAUAAAGUUUUCAUCUACUGAUGCCACCUAUUAGAGGCCAGCUUUUCAGCAAUAAAAAGGCAUGUUCUCAUCGCCUCUAAAGACUGCAUAAAAUAAAUGUGCAUAUAACGAACUCACAAUAAACAUACUACCAAGAUCAUUCAUCUGUCCCAAAAAUAGCUGCAGUUUGUUCUACAGGGACUGCUAUAUGUCACCACAUGAACCUUUGGUCGUGCCGAAGUGAUCGCUAGGAGUUCACAUUAUGCCAUAAACCAGGGGCGAUAGAAAAGAUGACAAGCAAAUUGUUUAGUAUGCACCAUUGUAACCAGAAAAGCCAAGCAGGGAAGUAUAUGACAUAUACGGAGGCAUAUUUAUUUAUUUAUUUUGUUUACAAUACUGCUAGCACCAGGGGGAGUCAUUGCAGAGUGGGUAGCAAACAAUGAUUACAUCAUGACAAGUCUCUCAAACAGAGAGCAGUAAAAAAAUCACAUCGUGAUUACAUAUAUACAAAUAUGUAUACAUACAUAAAAAUAAGAGGAAGAAUGUGUACAAAGGACCGUAAUGAAUUUUUCGAAAUUUUCGCUGUCUUCUGUUUCAACUGCGUGUGAGUGUAAGUCAUUCGACUCUGUUAUUGUUUGCUGGAGGAAAGAAUACUGAAACACAUAAUUUUUUGGGAGCUGGAAUGGGACUAUUGAAAGACUGUGCUAGUAGCAUAACCUGCAGAAAAAUGCACAUAGUUAGAUGUGUCACUCUUUAAGUGCCCUUGAAUGAUUUUAAACUUAAAGAGUAAUUGUGGAAUUUUAUUCCUCUCCAAGGUGUUUUUUAGACCAGCUUAUGCCACCACUCUACAAACCGAUACCCUGCCAAGUGAUUGAAAAUAAAUCUCAACGCUUUAUUUUGAACUCUUUCUAAUCUUUUGAUAUUAACUAACCUCAGUAAAAGGGUCCCAAGUAAUAUUAGCGCACUCAAGAAUGGGUAAAAUAAGUCUUAUAUACUGUAAGCUUUGUUUCCCAUGAAGAAUUGUGAAGGGAAAGUUUCAUGUAAUGGUAGUUUACACAUUGCCUGGUUAGUGAUUUGGGUUAUGUGAUUGUUCAAAUGCAGAUUAUUGCAAAUAUGAGGACCUAGAUAUUUGUAAUGCUCGAUACAUGAUAGUAUGUUUCCAUCCAGUAGGUAGUCCAAUAGCAGGACACUCGCCUUAUUUGUUACAGACAUGACAGCACUUAAUGUUUACGGACAUUUUCCAUAUGGUGCACCACUGAAACAGUUGGUGAAGUUCUGUGUUUAGUUGACGCUGAUCCUCAGUUGAAUUAACGGUGUAUAAUACACAUUCAUCUGCGUAAAGUCUGAUUUUAAGAUUAUGUCCAUCAACAAUGUCAUUUAUGUAUAGAAGGAACAAUAACGGGCCUAGCACCUAAUCUUGAGGAAUGCCUGAAACAGUUGGAAGCAAAUCUGAAGAGACUUUAUUAAAAGUGACAUAUUUGUUAUGUCGGCCGGACGGUGCGGCCGAACGGAUGCACCACACCACACAUCGUAGCCCAGACGAACGGGAGCCCUUUAUUCAAGGAUGUCUGUCCUAUAUAUACAUACUAUAUCGAGUGUGGCGCCACAUCUUGGCGUCUACAGAUAAUCGCAGAUGAGUGGCGGCACCUGGUGCUAUUGCACGACACUACAUCUUUCCCUCCCGGGAAGAAACGUAUGAAUCAUUAGAAAGUCCAGUCCGCACAAAGCAAUCACAAUUGCAGUCACUGUCUGUACACAGAAAUCACAAAACAGUCACUAUCUGUGUGAACACUCACUGCUGUCAAAUCACUGCACGUAAUCUUGGAAGCGCACUGGAGGUCUGCGAUUUCUCCUUGGCCGGUCAGGCGGUGGCUCGGCAUCGAGUCCAUUGCCUUCUACCGGUACACUGCACUCCACCGUGCGAGAGCCUGAAGCCAGGGUAUGCGGUUGCGAACCUUGCGGCUGUGGUGGGCUCGGCGGCACGGGUAGUGGUACAGGGCGUGAGGGAGACGCAAGUUGAUCAGCGGAACUCGCUUCCUGCGUUUGAUGCGGACCAGCAGGCGUAGUGAUCCAAG